AUGAACAUGAAUAUGGACAAACUCCAGGAGAUACUGGAGGAUGAGGUGGGGGCCUGGAAUCUCAAGGCUUUUGAAAGAAGGCUAACUGAAUACAUAGCUUGUUUACAACCAGCUACUGGACGCUGGAGAAUAAUUCUUAUAGUGGUAUCAGUCUGUACAGCCACUGGUGCUUGGAACUGGUUAAUAGAUCCCGAAACGCAGAAGGUGUCCUUUUUCACGUCUCUAUGGAAUCAUCCAUUCUUCACCAUUAGCUGUAUUACAUUAAUUGGAUUAUUUUUUGCUGGGAUACAUAAAAGAGUAGUGGCGCCCUCAAUGUAUCCUUUUCCAAGGGUUUUAUGCAGGUACCAGGUGCGAAUGUGUGCAAUACAUAACUAUUUAAUAUGUCUCAACUUACAACAGUUUGUUUAAUAACCAAAGUUUCAAACGCACUGAAAAAAAUGAUCUCUGACCGUGUUUCACAGU